CCUUAUAGGGUUAGUAGGUUGGCAUUGGAAAAAUCGGUUAGCUUCUUGCGAGAGAUGAGUUGGGUUGAGGGAGGCUGGACGCAUGCGAGGCGGCAAGAGCGACGGCGGCGGCGGCAUCGAGUGGCGUCGUUCGCGCCCCCAGUGUGCGGUCGUCAAUUGAGGCGAGAUCAUGCCCUGUGAGCCUCGAGGCCCGGCCGAAGACGACGACGAGGACGCUGCUGCCUCAAUUCACGGUGCGCGAUCGACGGCUGCACGAACCACGCACACAUUGAACUUAAUAUUCUAAACUAGUUAGUGACAAAACAUAAUUUCGUAUGGUUUAGUUACUAAUUAUGACCGUCAUGGAUUUGGCGGCACAAGUUUCGGUUUAAUACGGGUACUGUAAAUAGUGUUGUUAGGGACCAAUCUCUGUAAAUAUACUCAUGGCACUGUCGAAUCUCACAGUGCAAACGGCGAUCGCCGUUGAAGACAUACUGAUGCUGAUGGACAAUUCCUCUGGAAACGUCACGAAUGCCACUGUAGCGUUUACACACUAUCCGAGCGGAUUUACGCUGCCCCAGAUCGUGGUAGCAUCGAUUAUAGUUACCAUUCUUAUGAUAAUUGUUAUUGUGGGCAAUAUGCUGGUUAUCAUUGCCAUCAUCACCGAGAAAGCGCUGAAGAACAUCCAGAACUGGUUCAUCGCCUCUCUGGCCGUAGCUGACUUUUUCCUAGGCUUAGUUAUAAUGCCGUUUUCGCUCGCGAACGAACUGAUGGGUUAUUGGAUUUUUGGCGCCCGCUGGUGUGACGUCCAUUCCGCAUUGGAUGUGCUCUUGAGUACUGCUUCCAUCAUGAACUUGUGUCUGAUUUCCCUGGAUCGGUACUGGAGUAUCACGCAAGCGGUCGAGUAUUUGAAAAAGCGGACACCGCUGCGUGCCGCCGUUAUGAUUGCUUCGGUUUGGGUGUUAUCCGCUUUGAUUUGCAUCCCACCACUUUUGGGCUGGAAAGUGGCUCGAACUGAGGAGGAACAAUUUCCACAAUGCCAGCUGAGCGAGGAACUUGGUUAUGUGCUGUAUUCGGCAUUAGGCUCCUUCUACAUACCAUCGUGUAUCAUGGUAUUUGUCUACAUACGGAUAUACUAUGCAGCGAAAGCAAGAGCGAGAAGAGGGAUUCGCAAGCCUCCUCGAAAGCCAGCUUUAGACGCACAAACGAGCUUCACGAAUUCACCAGGCGGUGGUACAGUCAAAAAUGGGCACAAUCCAGUCGAAGCAAGCGCAUCUGUGGAUCGGAAUAGCAACAAUUCGCCGCGGGAUGGCGAAAGACAAAUCGCUACCAUAGAGGCGCCUCCUCCAGCUUCAACUCCCAUCGCAAUUCCCACAGUGACUUGUGAUCUGGCUAGCGAUAUUUCUACUAGUGAUAAUGCUAAUGAUCAGUUGGAGAGCCAAGAGCAAAAAGAUACGUUAAAGGUGUUUAUCCAGCCAAGAAGUAACACGCUUUCAGCGUGCCAGUUUCGGGGUUCGACCUUAUCGGUGAAUGGUGAAUUGCAACAGCAAGCGGCAGCUUUAGCCAGAUCCAGACAACCAUCGAUGGGAAUCGACACCGACAUGGUGAGCGAGUUCGAUCCGAGUAGUUCGGACAGUGGCGUAGUGGCACAUUGUACGACAGUGAAACCGCUCAAACUCCGGUUGUGUAAACCGAUAUUCGGGCGUGCCAAACACUCGAAAAACCGCCGGACUGACGACAAAAAAACAGCGAAAGGCGGAGAGAGCAACGGUGCGGAGACCAAACCGGUUGUGGAACAUGUAGUGCCUCGAGUGCAAAAACCAAGGGACCCCGAAAGGGAAAAAAGACGAAUAGCUAGGAAAAAAGAAAAGAGGGCCACAUUAAUUUUAGGACUUAUUAUGGGUUCUUUUAUAGCGUGUUGGCUGCCGUUUUUCUUUAUGUACAUAUUAAGACUGGUCUGUAAAAUUCCACCCAUAGCCUUUUCCACAGCCUUCUGGUUAGGAUAUAUGAAUUCGGCACUUAAUCCCGCCAUCUACACGAUCUUCAACAAGGACUUCCGAAGAGCAUUUAGACGGAUUUUGUUCAAGUGAUGUUUAGCUUACGUGUGCUGCUAUGAGUGCGUGAGUCGACGGGUUCGAACUGCGCAGUACCGCAGCGCACCGAGCGCCCUGUAUAGACACUAAUAUUAGUUGUUUCUAAAAAAUAUAUUUUUGUUAUCGAUUGUUGCCCUCAAUUAGACUGUAAACGCUGUUAAGUCGAAUAAAGCACGCUUAAAUCCAAAACCUAACCCAAAAGAUUUCCAAAUGUACUCAGUUUAAGGUCAAAUUCUUCAGUUCCAUUGCGUGAUGAAGCAAAAGUUUUCAAACUCUGAAAGUUUUCAAAAAAUCAAAGGCGUUAGCUUGUAUAUCAAUAUGUUCAUUUGCUGUUUUAAUCUAACCACUAAAUAUUUUUCAAAUUGCCCGCGAACUCUUCAAACUGACGUCCUCUUUUUCACUUCCAAAUGACGACAGAAAGCUAAAUUUAAAGUAUCAAAAUGAAUUGAAACUAAGCUAAUGGUGUCCGUGACUGAAACAUUAGAUCUUGAUCUCUGAGCCUAAGAACUUGAAAAUCAUAUAAAACUGUUCGAAAUACAUGAACUGCGGAUUGUUUAAUAAACUCGAAAAACGUGUUAUGGAAAAUACUUUCCAAAUUAUUCGGGAAUUCAAGGAAACAAUAAUAUUCAGAUUUAGCCCAUCAGGGCAAUUUGAAAUGUUGCGCAGCGUAAAUAAAAUCUACCAAAAACAUUUACUUUAAUUAUUUGCAGCCAGCCCUUCGUUAAUAUUGUUUUACAAUUUGUAUCUUCAUUACCUCGCGAAAAUGCCAUGAAAAUUCCCAUUACCGUUGCAAUGACGGCCCACUCAUGACCGGUGCAAACUUGAUUUAAAGAACAAAAUAUCCAAAAUCAAUAGCAAAUAUUCGGUAGAACGUUUGCGGGAAACCCAAAAGACAAUUGCAAAAACUUCAUUUUAAAGCCAUAUGGUCGAAAAGCCAUUUUAAUGUAUUGGCACUUACCAGUUCUCAUAGCAGCUAUAAAACAAAUAUAAAGUGCUUCAAUGCGUAUAAAAAUUCAAUUCAAAAUCAAAGCUUUUGCAGUGUAAAUGCAAUAAAAGUCCCGUUUUAUUUAGCCGUAUUACUUUCCAACUACCCUAAAGCUAAGAGGAAAUCUCAGUGGUGCUUUAUCCAAUAGAAUUCAGUUCCGAUACCUCAAAACUGAGUGCGGGUUUAAUACAAUUUUGAUAUGAGCACCAAAAUCAGCUCACUUCGAAAAGGCAUAUUAAGGGCGUGUCAAUCAAGCGGGAAUUCAGGCAUAAAAAUAAUAUAUAGGGACUGUGAACAACGGUAUUCACGCUUGAAAUAUCUCUGAAGGCUUUUAAGCUCGGGUAUAGGAAAUAGGCAGGAAACCUCAAAUCCCUCAAUGCAUGUUGAAAUUGUUUUUAAAAAUCCCGAGUAAUAAAUCAUAGGGGUUUUGUUCAAUCUUUUAAAUAAUUCCAUUAGCAGAAGCUCUCCAGGUGAAAACGUUGGAGAAUCAGUGGCGAAAUAUUUACGUGCAAGCUGCAAAGAGCGAAGGUGAAUUAAUACAAUGGGGCUUGUAUGUAGGCAAUAAAAACUUUUAUCACUUCCUUAAUGUUUUCCGCUACUUUCGCUUCUAAGCCGUAGCAAUUCGUUUUAAGUAAAUUAAAGAAACAAAGUCUGAGUGAAAGUUUUGACUUGAUGCCGUGGAAAUGUACCCAAACAAGGAUAAACCUUCGAAGAAUAAUUCUUUAUUUAAGCCCUCUAAAAGCAAAUCCGCUUGAAUUUUUUACUGUGACACAGCCCAUUUUAAACCGGAAUGAAACUGGCUGUCACAAGAUACCGGGGUGAUAUUUCCCCAUUUUUUUUUGUUUUCCGACAUUCUCCACAACAACCCUUCGUUAAGGGUAGAGCGAAAUUGAUAGAGAGCAUUUACAGUCCAUUAGAGGCGCAACUUAACUAUUAUAUUGUUCUGUCGACAAUCCUCAUCUCAUGUUAUAUUUAAUUCAUCUUGCAGGGUAGUAGACAUCAAUCGACAUUCGUCCAUGUGUCGCCCAAAACCUAUAUUUGUAUCUCGACGGAUUAUGGCAAAUUAACUGUAAGGGUUGUAAGGUUAUCCGCGUAUUCCGAGUUGGUCAAAAUAUCGGCUUGUUCAUCGGCUUUCCGAGCUAAUAAACGAAGGACCAAAUUUAUCAAGAGCGAUGGGGAAACGGUAGAAAUUGUCUUCCGUUUGCCUUUCUGGGGCAAGGAAGGCAAUUUCUACAUGGCCUUCCAUACUGAACGGUGCACAGGCAAACGAAACGCCCAGAAGUUAUUCCAAUUGCCACGGAUACUUUCCAACGGAUAUUUUUACCAACUUAGUCUUUGUAUUUCGAUUAACUUGUCUUUGCUGGUUCAAAAUGAGUUGAGUGAGGAAAAAACGCCCCUAUUCUGUACCUAAUUGUAUUCAGCAGUUAAUCAAACAGCAUUACCUUUCGCAGCCAUUGCAUGAAACUCAAAAUGUAUUCUUCGUGUUUCGAAGAACCAGUAGCUUGCGCAACUUCACCAAUUUUUAUUUUUUUGGUCUUAGCCGAUCUACUACCCGAGAAAACCAUUGUUAAUAACUCCCUGUCAUUAAAUUGUCUUCUUUUCUGCAAUAGGGAAUCGCUAGCUGAUGCUUACCAAAAAGUUUUAUAGUUAGGAAAAUAGCAGAUUUUAUUCGAUUUUAUCGAUAACGUAACUAGAGUAGUUUAAAGGGUUUUUAAAUCGGAACCCCAGGUUCCGAAGAUAUCGUCUAAAGUUAGUGAGAAAUCAUGGGAUUAGUUAAUACCGUAGCGGAUGUUGAUUCAACACCUGCACGUGGAAAUUAAAUAAUUUCGUAUAUUUUCACAUCAAGCCAACAAGUACCUAAUUCAUGUACAAACUUGUAACCAGAAAUCAAACACCAUUUGGGCCGAACAGUGGGAGAGCAAGCAAGUGUUUGAUAUUUGUUUUGGGCACUAUAUCAAUUUCAAAUCAUCAAUACGACAUAUCAUUGAAGUCAGAACAUAUAUUUUCACGUAGGCCUGUAAUGUUGCAGAAUGUAGCUUUUUAUAAAAUUCAAACAUUUUAUAUGAAAUUGUAUAAUAUUUUAUCAAAGGGUUGUUUUUUCCGCCUCCAAAAAGACUAUAAUUUACGCGUGUAAAUCAUACCCUUGUAAAUUAUGAACAUUAUUUUCGAAAGUUUAUGUGCCACUAAGUUGGUUGGAUGUAAUUAGGUGGACAGGGUGCUGUACAUUGUAAGUUGUGUUUUGACUUAGCAAAACAUCUCACACAUGAAUCUUUCAAAAAAAUAGCGUCUAUAAUAAAUUUAAAUUAGAUUUAUAUUACAUAGAUAGAGCAGCCUCAUUAGCGAUUCCCUAAUAUUGUUUAUUGUCUAAACCAAUAUGGAGCAAUGACUACCACUGUGAUAACAUAACGCUUUUAUUCUGAAAUUUACGGUAUAAGCAGUUUUACCUAAACAAUAAAGGUUUAUGCAUUAAGAAAUAACAGAAAAUAAUUGAUGUUUUAGAUUUAAAAAACCCGACAGAUUAUUUUCAUUUAUUUCAAUUUCAUCUAAAAAUAGACCUGCAAAUAAAAUACGACACUCUAACGGCGCCAAGUUUGUUUGAAAUAAAUCGAAUAAAGAUCAGGUAUUUCGAUUUAAAGCGCGAUUAUUAAAAUUUAUAUACAACAAGUCUUUAUUAUUAUCGUGAAUUUUAUUUGCUGCAUUUGAAUUAUAUACCGAUUGCCCUGUCGGGUACCUCUAUUGUAAAUAGGUAGCUAGAUUUAACUGAUAUUACAUAUACGCCAUAGUGUAAAUGUUUAAAGUCGAAUAGUUUUAAAUUUUAACUAGUGUUAUAUAUUCUUUUCCGUUCUGAAAGUAUAGCCGGAGACUUGAGUGAAAUAGGAAUAUGUUCCCUAAACCUUCACAUACGAGACAGGGCUGAUUUUUGAAGUUCUACUUAUCUGUUAGAAACAUGUAAAAGUUGGAACAUUUCAGAAACAUUUUUAACUUCAACUGUCGCCUGCGGAGACAUUUUAGCACGGUGAAAUUCAAGCGUGAAAAUCUACAAGUGGAUGUUUUAUACGCAAGAAAUUUACAUGAACAACAAAUGCUUCUAGAAGUGUAUUCAGGUGUGUACUUGCUCAAUUAAUUUGAACUUUGUUUUAUUWAAUCCAUUCAAUUGAGGAAAGCUCUAAUAAAGUACCCUUGACAUAAAAGCAUUUAUUUAUUAAACCAUCRCUUCGAAAGUCAACCCUUGACCGUAAACAGGAGAAUCAAAUAAAAUGCCUUUCCAAGCAAAAUAAAUCGGACAGCURAAAUACUCAGCAGUGCGGGUAUCGGUAAAAAUAUCAAUACAUCACACCUUUGGAGGCCAAUUUGACUCUACAGUCCCGAAAAAGCUGUUCAGUUGRAUUUAAUUCUCUCCUUUGUUGUCAACAUUUACUCCAGGUAGAACUGAAGUGAACAGCACCAUUUUUAUGUUAGAGAGUAAUUUAAAAUUUAAAAAGUAUACAGCUGAUGCCUUUUAUCAGGUCUCUGAAGGAAGUCUUCCACGAGAGGGGGGCGCACGAGUCGCCUUAGACUUUUUGACUAUUUCUUGUGCAACGAAACUAUUGGUGCUAAAUGACUGCUAGAGGACCGGAAACACGAUCGAUUCCUUAAUAAUCUUGUUUCCGGUUAUAGGCUUUCGUGUUAACGGAAUAACCAGAAUGCUUGAGCCCGCAUUCUCGUCUGUUCCAGGCCCCGCUCUCUAACAUUGUUAUAUCUAUAGACUUAUUGUUACCAAAAAAAAUACUAACAAUUAUGAUACCUUAUCUAUAACACUGUCCUAUAUUUAUGUGUGUACAUUUUUCGUAAUUAAAUUUAAAUAUUAUUUAGGAUAAGACUACCAAUAUGAAUAAAUCGAUAAUAUAAAAGGA